UAAAUGUUUAUAAGAAGCAUCUCUGGUGGUGGUUAUGAAGCAUGCAUAGUUUAUUGACAACCCAUCCAUUGUCAUUGCCAAUGCUAAUUGUCCCAAUAUAGCUUUUAUUUGGACUUCUACUCAGUGUAGGAGGUAUGCCAAAUGAUUAUAAUUUUAGAAUACUUACUAAUGCAAUUGUAAAAUUUAGCAGAGCAAUGUUUUCCUUUACACUUACUUGACUUCUCUGUUAUUCUAAUGAAGCAUUUUAUUUCCAGUAAUACAUCGGCUAUGUUUCUGAAUGUAAGUUUAAUUAAAAAAAAUCUUAUGCUCUUGAAUUUUUUAGCUACUUCUACAACUUCAGCUACCAGUACCACAUGCACAGCUACUGUUCCUCCACAGCCACAGUACAGUUACCAUGAUAUCAACGUAUACUCCCUGGGAGGGCUGGCUCCACACAUUACUCUAAACCCGACUAUUCCCUUGUUCCAAGCCCAUCCACAGUUAAAGCAGUGUGUGCGCCAAGCCAUAGAGCGUGCAGUUCAAGAACUGGUUCAUCCAGUAGUGGACCGCUCGAUUAAAAUUGCCAUGACUACUUGUGAACAAAUAGUGAGGAAGGAUUUUGCGCUGGACUCAGAAGAGUCGCGCAUGCGUGUGGCAGCACAUCACAUGAUGCGGAACCUGACGGCUGGCAUGGCCAUGAUUACCUGCAGGGAGCCCUUGCUGAUGAGCAUUGCGACCAACCUGAAGAACAGCUUUGCAACUGCGUUGCGGGUAGGUGUGUUGUUCACAAGAAAGGCUGUCUGGAACAAAGGGAGUUGGAAGCAUUUUUAG